AUGGCUAAAGGUGCAUCGCUUCACUUGCUGCAAACAAUUUUUGCUACUUUUCCAUGCUUUUUUCUAUUUGGUUACAAUCAAGUUGUGGUAGGAGGACUCAUUUCCUUCGAAAGCUGGACCGAGUUUUUCCCUCAGCUUGAUACUGCGCACGCCACCGGGUCUUUGAAAUCCCACCGUUCAGUCAUUCAAGGGAUUUAUGUUUCUUCAUUUACCCUUGGAGCCUUCUUUGGGUCCUUGUGCUGCUUUGUCGUCGGAGAUCUGCUAGGGCGCCGGAAGACCAUAUUCCUCGGAGGUGCUUUGACAUUCAUUGGCGAAGCUAUCUCAUGCACAUCUUUCCAAAUAUCGCAGCUCUUUGUGGGAAGAAUUUUAACAGGAUUCGGAGUUGGAAUUCUUGCCACAAUUGUUCCUGUGUGGCAGUCUGAGUCUUCUGAAGCUACAAACCGUGGCAGACAUGUGGUGAUCGAUGGGAUAUUUAUCACUAGCGGUUAUGUGGCAAGCUACUGGCUCAACUUCGGCUUUUCGCAUGUUCAAAAUCACGCAGUGUCAUGGCGAGUACCACUUGCCAUUCCCACAAUUGCAUCUGUGGUCCUGUGUGUGUCCAUCUUCUUCUUCCCCGAAUCGCCUCGCUGGCUUGUCCGCGCUGGGGAAGUUGAACAGGCCUCUCUCGAGCUUUCUCGGAUCAAAAAUAAGGAUAGAGAUUCCGAUGAGAUCAUACGUGAGAUAGCAUCCAUCGAGCUGUCCCUUGAGGAAACGGCUCGCAAUGCCGCGUCACUUAAGGAUAUCUUCACCACCAAGAACGGCAAACUCUUCUAUCGCUUUAUGUUGUGCAUGGGCCUACAGUUCUGGAUUCAGAUGACAGGGGCGCAAGUCAUCAGUACAUAUACAACCACUAUAUUCCAGAAUAAUCUGAAUCUGUCAGAUGGGAUUACGCGUAUCCUAGCGGCAUGCGCUCUCACGUGGAAAUGUCUCGCUUCCUUCAUCGCCUUCUUCACUAUUGACCGUUUCGGUCGGCGAAAGCUUUUCCUCUUUUGUGGAGUUGGAAUCACGACAUGUAUGAUGUGCAUGGCAAUUACAUCCAGCUUUGGCAGCAGAAAUCGUGGGGCUGCAAUAGGAAGUACAUUCUUUGUGUUCCUUUACAACUUCUUUUUCCCCAUCGGCUUCCUUGGUCCAAGCUUUCUUUAUGGUACGGAGAUUGCCCCAGUUAGAUUGCGAGUCGCUAUGACAUCCGUUUCGAUUGCAAAUCAUUGGCUAUGGAACUUCGUUGUUCAGAUGGUCACGCCUAUCGCUUUGGCGAGUAUCGGCUACCGCUACUACAUUAUCUACACCAUCACUGGACUUACUUAUGUUGUAGCGGUGUAUUUCUUCUAUCCAGAAACAAUGGGCCAGAGCCUCGAACAACUUGAGGACUUAUUCCAGCAGGAUAUUUCCGUCUCGGAGACUGUUCAUUUUGCCAGUAAAUUGGCCAAUCUUCCGAAGGAUGAAGAGAACCGAGAAGAACCGUUGAAGGUCCAGCUUGAACAGAUUGAGCAUAGUGAGGCUAGCCCAAAGGCGGCUGUGCCAUGA